AUAUAAAUGAGAAAAAAUGGAAAAAUUUGUUCCCUUGCUGCUUAUAGUUGUAAAUUUAUUAAAAAUAUCAAGGGGAGAUUUAUUUUCGUUUAGUAAUUCAUGUCGUGAAUUAGAUAAGAGCAAUUAUACAGAUAGUGAAAAAUUAUCCGAAUGCAAUGAUCUCCUCGAUGAUUCUAAUGGGAAAAUUUACAAUAAUCUAAAAAUGCUACACGAAAUUUACGAAUUAAAAAUUAACGUAUUAAUUCUAAUUAUAGCCGACGACAUGAAUGAUGGUAUAAAAUUAGCUCGAUUUCUCUCCUAUCAAAGUGGAAUGCAACGAAAAAUAAAACGUGAAAAUAUUUCCAAUGAUCAGUUAAAAAUUUUCGAUUUCCUACUAAAUAAUAUUCAUCUCUAUGAAAAUCCCCAAUUUCCAAAUUUGACAUUUUUUGUCUAUCCUCGACAAACGAGUGACGAUAAUUUAGCAAUUAUUCUCGCCAAUUCAAUAAUAACAAUGGCAAAAAGUGUGAAAAUUAUUUUAACAUCAAAUACCACACAAUUACAAAUUCAUCAAACAUUUAACGUUGCUGGAAAAUUUUUACGAAAUCCAGAAAAUUAUAAACAAAGUAUCAUUUUUCUGGCGGUAAGUAAUAAAAGGAGGGAAUCGAUAAAUCAAAUCAAGAAUCAUGGAAUUCAUGAAUUUUUAGAAAUUGUACAAACAUACUUGAAUAUAGAAACAAGUGGAAGAAAAUUGGCUAAAAUAAUAAUCACCAAGGGGAAUAUUAUCAUUAGCAAUAAAUUAGAUUUUCAAAAAAUCAUAUCAGUUCUAAAUAAUUUGAAACAAAUUCCAAUGAGACAUUAUGAUUUUGAAAAUAGACAAACGUUGCAUUUAUCAUGUUUAUUUGAAUUAGCAAAUGGGGAAUUAAAAUCAAUGCUAAAUUCCCUGGAGGAAAAAUUGACGCACCAAGUAAUUAGGGAACAAAAAACACUAAGUGGAAUAUUGACAUUAGCGGAGAAAUUAAAUAAUCUAUUUCUAUUCAUAGAUUCAGUUCUCGAUUGUACCAAAAGUGUGAAUAUUCAAAUAUUAAAUACCUGCUUUCAAAAUUUUAGUAAUCAAUUAGAAACAAAUGGAUUCAAAGAAAUUCAACACAUUAUUCCAAAAAGUAGUUACUAUCUCUCGUUACUUUGUAACAUUAAUCAACGAUCAUUGAUGAUUUUACCAAAAAUUGAUUUCACCAUAAAUCCACAAAAUUGGAUCUAUUUAAAAAAUUACGAAACAAGAAGAGUUAACAAUUGGUAUCAAAAUUUAGUUUCGAUUUUUAAUAACGUUCAUCAAAUGAAAAAGAAUGAUAUUUCGGAGAGUUUAAAAAAACUCUCAAAUCAAUUAAUUAAUUACAAUUUUGGGAUAUUUGAAAAUUCAGCAAAAAUUGCAUUGAAAACAAUAAAGGCAAAUUCAAUUAAAAUGGAAGCAACUUAUCAAUUGGAACGUGUUGAAAAUAAUGUUGUUAAAUUACAAGUUAGGGGGAAAUUUUUACGACUCAGUCAUAUAAUGAAUAAUAUACAGAAACACAAAAUUCUCGAACUAUUUGCAUUGGAAAAAAUAAUUAUUGAUUGUGAUUUAAUUGAUAAUUCGAAUGAUGGUUUAAAUGUUUUUAUAUUUGCACCAAUUUGGGAAAUUGUACGAAAUCGAAGUAUUAUUUUGGAUGGAGUUUCUGGAAAUCGAAUAAGGGGUAAUUUGGAACAAAAAGCAAAAAACGGAAAUAAAAUAACAAAUCGAAAUGGAAUAAACGGUGUGGCAGGUGUUACAGGUGGAGUUGGCGGUACAUUUUUUGGUCUAGCGGAAAAAAUAAUUAACUCUGAUAAUUUAAAAUUAUCACUUAACGGUGGCGAUGGUUCAAAUGGACAAGAUGGCGGCGAUGCAGCCAAUGGUGACGAUGGUGAAACACCAACAAGUCAUUUUUUAAUAGAAAAUUUAAAUCGUCAUCGUUGUGCCUGGCCACGUUAUAAUUCAUUUAUUUAUCCCAUAGAGAGUUCUAAUAAUGAAAAAUAUUACAUACCACUGAUUGGUCCAAUGAUUCAAUUAAAAUACAAACGUGAGUGUUAUAUUUUUGGUUUAGAUGGUUAUCCAGGUGGUGAUGGUGGACACGGUGGUUUAUGGGGAAAGGGAGGAAGUGCAGGUGUUUAUAAACUUUAUCAAUUGAAUAAUUCCAAUGAAUUAUUGGGACUUAAUUUCUCAAUGAUUAGGGGAAAAAAUGGUAAAGGUGGUUUGGGUGGUAGAGGAGGUAGAGGUGGUUGUACAAGGAAGGUGACAUUUCGAAAUUUGAAUUUUUUUGAUUAUUCGCUGAUGGAAAAUGAAACCAAUGAAUGUGCCAUGGAUGGAAGAAUAGGUUUUCAAAAUGCAAGUACUUUGGGAAAAAAACUCACUCCCGGACAUAGAAUUUUACAGAGUUAUGGAGAAACGGCAAAUCUUUAUAAACGAUACAUUUUGGAAGAGAUGAAAAAUGAGAAUUACAUGGAACUGUAUAAAAAAGUUAUAAGCAAUGAUAAAAUUCUUCAGGAGUAUGAUACUUUGACGUUAGUUGAUGAAUUUGUUGAUUUGGAGGAGUACUACUACAAAAGUGUUAAUAAAACAUCAACACUAUUUUUCUACGAGUCUUGGAAGAAGCGUCUGGAUCAUUAUUCGACAAAUCGAAAAUUCAAUGAAGAAACUGAUGAAUACAGUGAAGUUCUGCGAAGUCUACAAAAUACAGUCUCCAGAAAGAUAAAUCAUUUAAAAAAUCACCAUUUUCUUAUAUUCCUUAUUUCUGAUUAUUUACUACAAAGUCAACAGCAGGUGCAACAUUUGCAUAAUGCUAAAACUGUUGUAUUUAUCAAAAAUGCAAAUAAAAAAUAUACUGACGAGUAUGAUGAUAAAAUUGAAGAGGCACAGAGGAUAAUUCAAGAGGAAUUGCAGGCUAAUUUGACACAAAGCAAUGAUGAAUUAUCAGGGGAGAUUGAAAUGCUUUUGAGAAAAAUAUCACGUCUCGCAGAGAUGGAGGCAAAAAAUGCCGAGGAAUUGGUACGUAAAUCCCAGUCAAUGCAAGAAAAAGCUGUAAUUAAGACAUUUAAUGAAAUUUUCAGUCUACUGAAUACCGGAUUAGGAAUUAUAAAUCCAGCAUUAGCGACAAUUGGUACAAAAAUAAGUGCCGCUGGUUCGAUUCUACAGAAUUUUAUCGAUGACACAGCCGAUAGAAAUAUUGUUGAUGUAAUAAUACCAAGUAUGGUUGAUAAAUCGAGAAAAUUUUUUGACAAUUGGAUUGAUAUGAAGAGGGAAUUUAAAAAAUUGACAAUUACUGAAAAUAUUGAAUUAGUUCGAAAUAGUCGAAUGAAUUUAUCAGCUAGGGGAAAAAAUGUGGAACCAUUGGAAAAAGUUGAAAAAUCCUUUGAAGAAUUAAGAGAACAAAUGGAGAGAAAUUCCAUAAAAGGUGAUGUGAUAACAAAUAUAAAUGAUGAAAUUCAAAAGGAGGAGAAUAUUUGGCAAAAAUUGAAUAGAAACAAAAUAUACACCGAUUCUCUAAUGGUACUAAAACAUCUUAAAACUUACACGAGAAUGAAACAAAUGCUCGGUGAUUUGGUGACAAAAUGUCAGGAUUUAAAAAAUCCACAAAAAAUUGAUGGUAUCAGUAAUGAAAUAGAAAAAGCAUUUAUUAAAACUCGUAAAUUACGAAAUUUUAAAGAAGAAGUUUUUAUAAAAAUGCUACCAUUGUUAAAAAAAAUUCGCGAUACAACAAAUACAGAAAAUUUACGUUCAGUGAAAUUUCUUGAUUUUAAAAAUUUUCAAAUGCAACAAUAUUUUAAUGAUGUUUUCAAUCAAAUUCAAUUUUAUGCCUCUGAUUUUAAAAUGGAAAGAUAUUUUGAAAAAACAUUGAAAAAAAUGCAAUCCGUAGUGAAUAUGAUAUUAAGUACAUAUAAAAGAAUUGAGGAAUAUGUGACGGCAAUGAGAAAUGCUGAUUAUGAAAAAGAUCUUAAUUUAGCGCCAUUUGAUAUUACCUAUGUUAAAAAUUCAAAAUUAAGUAUGUCAUUGGCUAAAAUGUUACAAAAAACAUAUGCAAAUAUUGUAUUAGAUGAUUAUAAUAAAUGGAUGAAAAAUUUUAAACAAUAUAUAUUUCCAUUUGCUGAUGAAUUUUUGGAAAUUUAUGAAUCAUUUAUACCUGAGGUUGAUGAUUUAAUAAUUCGUGCACAAGACGCUGGUGAACGUCUUGAAUUAUAUGGAAUGAAAAUUAAUAGAAAACGUGCUGAAUUAAGUGAAUUUCAAAAUACAGUAAUGACAAUGUUUGGCUAUAGUUUACCACCAUUUCAUAUUUGGAAUAAUUAUCAACAUAAAAUAAAAAUUAAUUCACUAUUGAAAGGGGAAAAAAUAACAAUUCAUGCAAAUAUAAGUGAACAUAAAAAUUUAAAUGCUGUUAAAUUUAGUGAUAUUUGGUUACGUUUUGAUAUUAUUAACAGAAAUAUUACAAAAAUAAAUGAAUUAAAACAUGAUUUACAGGGUUUUGCUAUUAUUAUUGAACAUCAUGGUGAUUCGUAUUAUCGUUGUGAUGAGAGAAUUUUUUUAAUUAAAUCAAAUAAUCAUCGUAUUGAAAAAAUUUUAAACGAUGAAAAAUUACAACUUUAUGAUGAUAAUUUUUAUAUGAAAAUAAUGCCAAUUGAAAAAAUUAAAAGUGAUUGUAUAUUGAGUCCAUAUGCAACGUGGUCAUUUCAAAUUAUAAGUCGUGAUAUUGAUAAAAAUUUUACAAUAUUUGAAAAAUAUAAAUCAAAAAUUAAUAUUGAAUUAGUUGGUUUAGGACAGUAUAGUGAUAAAAAUUUAAAUGUUUGUCAAAGUAAUUUAGGUAAAUAUUAUGAAAAUGAAAUGUAA